UCCAUUGAAACGCAGCAAAAUCAAAAAAAUUAUAAACUCUCAUUUACAUCAUUUCCAUAAUUUAAAACCCAUUAAUUUACAAACAAAGACAAAAAAAUAAAAAAUAAAAAACAUGGAGAGCACAGAAAGACAGUAUCGACGACAACUUCAGCUUUGCAGCGGGUGUCUGCAUGGCGGGGAAUGCCGCCGCUAUACUGAAGCAUCUUCUUCACAAAUCUCCAACCCAAUCCACUCCCAACAAAACGCUAACCAACACUAUCCUAACCCUUUUAAGAGCCAACCAUCUUCGCAAAGCCGUUUCAAUUCUCUUCGCCUCCCCGGAGCCCGUCCCUUACUCUCUUUAUGCGCACCUCUUCCACCUUUGCUGUUCCCAACACGCCAUUGUCGAGGCCCGGAAAGUCGAAUCCCACUUGGUUACGAUGUCGCCCACGCCACCCACGUUUCUCUUGAACCGAGCUAUUGAAUGUUACGGCAAGUGCGGGUGUGUGAACGAUGCGCGAGAGUUGUUCGAUGAAAUGCCUCAGAGAGACGGUGGCUCUUGGAAUGCAAUACUUAGCGCGUAUACACAGAAUGGUUUUGCGGAUAAAGCGUUGGAAUUGUUUGUAAUUAUGAAUAAGACGGGGAUCUUAGCGAAUGAGAUUAGUCUUGCUAGCGUUUUGGGGUCCUGUGGUGGGGAAUUGGAGCUUGGUCUUGCGAGGCAGGUUCAUGGAAUGAUUUUGAAACGUGGGUUUUGUGGGAAUGUGAUUCUGGAAAGCUCGCUUGUCGAUGUGUAUGGGAAGUGUAUGGUUAUGAGUGACGCGAGGCGAAUAUUUGAUGGGAUUGAAACAAAGAAUGCUGUUUCUUGGAAUGUGAUUGUUAGAAGGUAUCUGGAGGCAGGGGAUGAGACUGAGGCUGUUUUUAUGUUUUUUAAAAUGUUUAGGGAAGAUGUUAGGCCCUUGAAUUUCACUUUUGCCAAUGCUAUAGUUGCUUGUUCGGUUUCAUCCAAGUUAAAGGAGGGGAUGCAGAUUCAUGCAGUUGUUAUUAAGAGUGAUUUUGAAGCGGAUGAGGUGGUUUUGGGUUCCCUUAUUGAUAUGUAUGUUAAGUGUGGGAAAUUAGAGGAUGCUCAUAGGAUAUUUUACCAUCCGGGAGAGAGAGAUUUGAUCUCUUGGACUUCUAUUAUGUCAGGAUAUGCAACAAGUGGGAGAAUUCAAGAGGCAAGGGAACUUUUUAAUGCGAUGCCGGAACGGAGUGUGAUCUCUUGGAAUGCAAUGUUGGCAGGGUAUACUCGUGCCCUUCAAUGGGAAGAGGCGUUGGAUUUUAUUUAUCUUAUGCUAAAAACAACUAAAGACAUUGACUAUGUCACCAUUGGGUUGCUUCUAAACGUUUGUGCUGGUCUUUUGGAUGUUGAGACAGGGAAACAGGUGCAUGGUUUUAUCUACCGACAUGGAUUCUCAACUAAUGUAUUUGUCAGCAAUGCUCUUCUUGACAUGUACUGCAAAUGUGGGAACAUGAGAAGUGCCCAAGUUUGGUUUUACCAAAUGAGUUUUCGGCGUGACAGGGUUUCUUGGAAUGCAUUGUUGACUAGCUAUGCUAGGCGUGGUCAGAGUGAACAUGCAAUGACAUUUUUCUCAGAAAUGCAAUGGGAGGCAAAACCCAGUAAAUUUACAUUUGGCACCCUUCUGGCAGCAUGUGCAAACAUCUUUUCCCUUGAUCAGGGCAAACAAAUUCAUGGUUUCAUGAUUCGAAAUGGUUAUGAUAUAGAUAUUGUGGUCAGAGGUGGUCUGGUUGACAUGUAUUCUAAAUGUCAUUGUCUAGAGUAUGCACUACGGGUUUUUAAAGAGGGAUCUGCAAAAGAUGUGAUCCUUUGGAACUCUAUAUUUUUUGGAUGUUGUCACAAUGGAAGGGGCAGAGACGUAAUUGAAUUGUUUAAUUUGAUGGAGAAGGAAGGAAUCAAGCCAGACCAUAUUACCUUUCAUGGAAUUCUGCUAGCUUGUAUAAAUGAAGGUCUUGUUAGGUUGGGUUCAGAGUAUUUUGAUUCAAUGAGCAAUAAAUACUUUAUCAUACCUCGAUUGGAGCACUAUGAGAGCAUGAUUGAACUCUAUGGAUGGCAUGGAUACAUGAAGGAACUUGAGAAUUUUCUGAAGAAGAUGCCAUUCGAUCCCACUGUUUCAAUGUUGGAGAAAGUCUAUGAUAUGUGCAGAAAACAUGGAUAUAUGAAGUUGGGAGAAUGGGCUGCAAAACGUCUUGAAUUGAAUCCUUCUUCAAUUUAAUCUAAGUACCAAUUUCCCCAAGUUGGAACUUCCUGCAGCAGGCAAGAGUAGGUGUGGGACACGAAGCUUCAUAGCAAAACCACCUUAUACAGGGUACUUCACAUUCCCCUGAUAUUGCACUUGCAAUGAAAAUCAACAGUAUGGAGGUAACAUUUUCUUCACCAACUACAACAGGAUGAAUUGUCAUUAUGUCAGUUUCUGGGAGGAUGUCCAAGCAUGUCUAAACAUUUUCAGGAUGCAUUCUCUUAAAACCUUGAGAGUGAAUGUCAACCAGUUUAUGAUUGUAUAGGAAGUAAUCAUAUUCAUACUGAAGCCAAGAGUUCUAUGCAAAAUGUUGUAUGAGGAUUCACUCUAUCUACUGGAGCUAUUGGAUAUACCAGAUGUGAAGUGAUUAGUGAGCUCGUCAAAUCGGCACAGUCAUGUAUGCAGGAUAAACUUGUACAUUUAUUAGAAAAUUUUGCAUGGGAACAUGUUUGAUGGAAGUGGUAGAAGAAUAAUCUGCUAAAGCAGAAGCGAGCGGAAUUUGCAGAAAAAGACCUUGGUUAUUUGAUCAUAUAGGUGCUUUUGAUAAGGGAAGGGAACAAUUAGCAUACAGAUGCAAAAAUGUAUAGUACUGAUUUUUUUUCUUGAGAAAAAUUUUUAAUACUCGGAUAAUGGAAGUGAGUUGUAUUCAUCAAUCUUGAUAAAUGUAACACAGAUUUUGUCAUUCACCACUACCCUUUUUUUAUUACAAGGAUAAACUUUAGUUGAUGAAAA